ACAAGGGUGCCAAUCAAAGUGAUCAUCUUUGAUGCAUUCGAUACGCUCAUCACACCAAGGAGUGCGCCUUAUCUGCAAUACGCAGAAGAGGCUAGAAAGGUAGGAUUACAAGUACAAGAUGAAGAUGUCAAGAAAUCAUUUAAGAGUUCAUUCAAACAGCUAGCAAAACAGUAUCCUGUUUAUGGCUUGAAUACAGGCUUAUCUUCCCCAGAUGAUUGGUGGUUAAGACUAAUACAACAAACUAUGAUCGGAAGCGGUAUUCAACAAACAAAGGUGGAAGAUGCAAUGCCUAUUUUAGGACCCGCUUUGCUCAAUCGAUUCGGAAGCGCUGAAGCCUAUAAGCUUGCAGAAGGUGUCCCGGAUGUGUUUGAGAAGCUAAACGAAUUGAAAGGCCCAUCAAAUGCUGAUCUGACGUUGAGUCUAGCAACCAAUAGCGAUCAACGUAUUUUGAAUGCAUGCAAAGACCUUGGUCUUGGACGCUUUCUGGAUCUAGAUGUGGUAUACGAUUCCAAACGAGCUCCAACAAAUAUCUCAGAUGAAGAUCUAGGCUCUUCUGUCAAAAAAGCUCGAGAACCAGUAAGUGGACCAACGUUAUCCUACGAUGUUGGAUUCGAAAAGCCAAGUAAAGAAUUCUUUCAUUUCGCCGUUCAAAGAAUAUUCCCUUUUGAUCAGAGUCAACAGAUCACAUUGGCAGAAAUGUGUAAACAAACUCUCUAUGUCGGCGAUCAUUUCGAAGAAGAUUAUUUGGGCGCAAAAUCGGCCGGCUUACAAGCAGCUUGGCUAAGGCGA